AUGGUCUGGCCCUGUUUCAAUAGUGGAUCCGUAAAGUCCAUAUCGGUGCUACCAGAUGGAAGUAUAUUAGGUGUUGGAAUGAAUGGCAAAUUAUAUAAAAGACCUGGUAUACAAGGAGUAUGGACAAAUGUGGAUGGUAAUGGUAUAGUGUCUGAUAUAUCCGUUAACAAAGAUGGUGCAGUAAUUGGCAUUGGAACCACAUGUGGUUUGUGGGAGAGACCUUCUUAUACAUCGUAUUGGCAAGGUGAGAUUGCAAGUAGCCGAUGUGUUACUUCUGUGUCGUUUGUAGAGAAAGAAGAUAAGGUAGAAAAAACAGAGAAAGUAUAUGGUAUUGGAACCGACAAAAAAAUCUACACAAGAGAUGGAAUUGAAGGAAGAUGGACGGGUCCAGCACCGAACAGCUGUUGUGUGAUUGCAAUGACUGUUCUACACGAUGGCACUAUUGUAGGUGUUGGUACAUCCAAUCGAUUGUGGACAAAGAGCAGUUUAGAUGCGACUUGGCAAGGUCCUGUAGCAAAUAGUGGUUCAGUGAUGGAUGUUACUGUAAUGCCUGAUGGUACAAUCGUUGGUAUUGGUAUGAACAACCUUUUGUAUACUCGUCCUGGUGUUCAGGGAUUAUGGUCUGGCCCUGUUGCAAAUAGUGGAUCCGUAAAGUCCAUAUCGGUGCUACCAGAUGGAAGUAUAUUAGGUGUUGGAAUGAAUGGCAAAUUAUAUAAAAGACCUGAUAUACAAGGAGUAUGGACAAAUGUGGAUGGUAAUGGUAUAGUGUCUGAUAUAUCGGUUAACAAAGAUGGUGCAGUAAUUGGCAUUGGAACCACAUGUGGUUUGUGGGAGAGACCUUCUUAUACAUCGUAUUGGCAAGGUGAGAUUGCAAGUAGCCGAUGUGUUACUUCUGUGUCGUUUGUAGAGAAAGAAGAUAAGGUAGAAAAAACAGAGAAAGUAUAUGGUAUUGGAACCGACAAAAAAAUCUACACAAGAGAUGGAAUUGAAGGAAGAUGGACGGGUCCAGCACCGAACAGCUGUUGUGUGAUUGCAAUGACUGUUCUACACGAUGACACUAUUGUAGGUGUUGGUACAUCCAAUCGAUUGUGGACAAAGAGCAGUUUAGAUGCGACUUGGCAAGGUCCUGUAGCAAAUAGUGGUUCAGUGAUGGAUGUUACUGUAAUGCCUGAUGGUACAAUCGUUGGUAUUGGUAUGAACAACCUUUUGUAUACUCGUCCUGGUGUUCAGGGAUUAUGGUCUGGCCCUGUUGCAAAUAGUGGAUCCGUAAAGUCCAUAUCGGUGCUACCAGAUGGAAGUAUAUUAGGUGUUGGAAUGAAUGGCAAAUUAUAUAAAAGACCUGGUAUACAAGGAGUAUGGACAAAUGUGGAUGGUAAUGGUAUAGUGUCUGAUAUAUCCGUUAACAAAGAUGGUGCAGUAAUUGGCAUUGGAACCACAUGUGGUUUGUGGGAGAGACCUUCUUAUACAUCGUAUUGGCAAGGUGAGAUUGCAAGUAGCCGAUGUGUUACUUCUGUGUCGUUUGUAGAGAAAGAAGAUAAGGUAGAAAAAACAGAGAAAGUAUAUGGUAUUGGAACCGACAAAAAAAUCUACACAAGAGAUGGAAUUGAAGGAAGAUGGACGGGUCCAGCACCGAACAGCUGUUGUGUGAUUGCAAUGACUGUUCUACACGAUGGCACUAUUGUAGGUGUUGGUACAUCCAAUCGAUUGUGGACAAAGAGCAGUUUAGAUGCGACUUGGCAAGGUCCUGUAGCAAAUAGUGGUUCAGUGAUGGAUGUUACUGUAAUGCCUGAUGGUACAAUCGUUGGUAUUGGUAUGAACAACCGUUUGUAUACUCGUCCUGGUGUUCAGGGAUUAUGGUCUGGCCCUGUUGCAAAUAGUGGAUCCGUAAAGUCCAUAUCGGUGCUACCAGAUGGAAGUAUAUUAGGUGUUGGAAUGAAUGGCAAAUUAUAUAAAAGACCUGGUAUACAAGGAGUAUGGACAAAUGUGGAUGGUAAUGGUAUAGUGUCUGAUAUAUCCGUUAACAAAGAUGGUGCAGUAAUUGGCAUUGGAACCACAUGUGGUUUGUGGGAGAGACCUUCUUAUACAUCGUAUUGGCAAGGUGAGAUUGCAAGUAGCCGAUGUGUUACUUCUGUGUCGUUUGUAGAGAAAGAAGAUAAGGUAGAAAAAAACAGAGAAAGUAUAUGGUAUUGGAACCGACAAAAAAAUCUACACAAGAGAUGGAAUUGAAGGAAGAUGGACGGGUCCAGCACCGAACAGCUGUUGUGUGAUUGCAAUGACUGUUCUACACGAUGGCACUAUU